UUCGGCAACUCCGAAUCUAUAGGCUCGGACAGCUUUUCUGACACUAUAAAUACGAUGAUAACGCUUGGCUUUGUGGACGGUCCGUAACGAAAGCCUUUUCACGACUCGUUUAGAUAUUUCUCUCUCGGUCUUCUUCGUUGCUAAAAAGGGUAUACGAAUUGUAAACAAAGCUAAGACUUCGAUAAGAUGGCGUUGGUCUCUGGAGGACGUUCUUCCUUAAAUCCGAAUGCACCACUCUUUGUUCCAGCUGCAGUCCGCCAAGUAGAGGACUUCUCUCCAGAAUGGUGGCAGUUGGUGACAACCUCGACAUGGUUUCAUGAUUACUGGGUCAGCCAGCAACAGGGGGAUGAUGAUUUCUAUGGGAAUAAUGAAGAUGACUUGGCUGAUAUUGUUGACCUGCUUCCCGAUAGCAUUGAUCUUGGUGCUGAUGAAGAAUUGAUGAGCAUGGAAGCACAAUAUGAGCAAUUCAUCCAAUCAGCUGAAGCAGGAAACAAGACAUCCCUUUAUGCUCAAAAUGGAAUGCCUGCAAUUGGUACUGAUCAUGCCGGUCUGAUGAGGAGCAUGAGCUUGGUGAAUUCUUACCAGGAAAGAUCACCCAAGUCCCCUGUGGAGUCUGCCAGGUACUGGGAGAAGCCAGCCAAGUUAGUGAGCCCGAAAAACAGUGGCCGUCGCAUCCAGCAGCCCCGCUGAAUCCGAAUGUAAGCAUCUCAGGACUUGAGCUCGACAACCCUGAAUCAAUUUAGUAUUUCGUUUCCUGUAAUUUCUGUAUAGGGCCAAGGUCCCCUGUAUCUAGACUAGCCGGUUAUUCAGACAUCGUCGCCUAGUUAACUACUUAAACUUUCGAGCUCAUGUAAAAAGAAAACAGUAGAAUUUUAAUCGAAAAAGAAGUCAUCUUGUUACUUUA